CCAUCUCAAAAUCCCACUCUCAGACUCUCAGGUUCUCACAACCACCUCUCACUCUCUCUGGCUCUCAAACCUUGCCUGCCGCCGUCGCCCUUCCCCGGUUAUCGCCAUCGCCUCGCCUCGCCUCUACCCUCGGAUUCACUCUCAACCCUCGGGUCGCCUCGCCGCCGGCUCCUUUCUCUUGGCCGUCAAUGGCGGCCUCCGAUGCCCCCAACGGUGAUGUCCUCAUCAGGAACGCCUUCGGAAGCGUGCUCGCAUUUCUCAUCCUGCUCCUGAUCGGUGUUCUCGCCUUUUCGAUCCGUCUCUUCUCUGUUAUAAAGUAUGAGAGUGUCAUUCACGAAUUUGAUCCAUAUUUCAAUUAUAGAGUCACACAGUUUUUGACAAAAAAUGGGAUAUAUGAUUUCUGGAACUGGUUUGAUGACCGAACCUGGUAUCCUCUUGGUCGUGUAAUUGGUGGGACUGUCUAUCCUGGUCUGACCUUGACAGCAGGAACCUUAUAUUGGUUUUUGCAUUCCUUGAACAUCCCCCUCUCUGUAGAAACUGUCUGUGUGUUUACUGCACCUAUUUUCUCUGCCUUUGCUUCAUGGGCAACUUAUCUUCUGACAAAGGAGAUUAAGGGUGUUGGAGCUGGCUUGACAGCAGCUGCUCUUUUGGCCAUGGUCCCUUCAUAUAUAUCUCGAUCAGUGGCUGGAAGCUAUGAUAAUGAAGCUGUGGCUAUAUUUGCAUUGAUCUUCACUUUCUAUCUCUAUAUUAAGACACUAAAUACUGGAUCCCUCUUUUAUGCAACUUUGAAUUCACUAUCAUACUUUUAUAUGGUUUGCUCAUGGGGAGGGUACACUUUUAUCAUUAACCUUAUUCCAAUGCAUGUACUCUUGUGCAUAGUUACUGGUCGCUAUUCUUCACGGCUGUACAUUGCAUAUGCACCUCUUGUUAUAUUGGGCACACUGCUGGCUGCCCUGGUGCCUGUUGUUGGGUUUAAUGCUGUAAUGACAUCAGAGCAUUUUGCAUCAUUUCUGGUUUUUAUUAUCAUCCAUGUGGUGGCUCUUGUGUACUAUAUCAAAGGGAUUCUUUCCCCAAAAAUGUUCAAAGUAGCUUUGGCACUAGUUGUUUCCAUUGGCCUGGCAGUGUGUUGUGCAAUGGUAGCAGUAAUAAUAGCCCUUGUAGCUUCUAGCCCAACAAAGGGUUGGAGUGGAAGAAGUUUAAGUCUACUUGAUCCUACCUAUGCAAGCAAGUAUAUACCAAUCAUUGCUAGUGUUAGCGAGCAUCAGCCACCUACUUGGCCUUCUUACUUUAUGGAUAUAAAUGUGUUGGCAUUCUUGAUUCCAGCUGGCAUAAUUGCUUGCUUUUCACCCCUUUCUGAUGCAAGCUUGUUUGCGGUACUCUAUAUUGUACUAUCAGUAUAUUUUUCUGGAGUCAUGGUUCGCCUGAUGCUUGUGCUUGCUCCUGCGGCUUGCAUCUUAUCUGGAAUCGCUCUUUCUCAAGCUUUUGAUGUUUUCACACGAUCAAUUAAGUUUCAGCUACCAAGCCUAUCAGAUCAUUCCCAUAUUGAUGCAAGGGAUGCCAGUUCUGAAAAUGUUGUGCUGGAUGACACAAUAAAGACAGAUAAAAACGAGGAUACACCAAAGGAACGGAUGACAAAAAGGAGCAAGAAGAAGGAAAAGGAGCCUGUGGAAAAGCCUCCAACCAAGUUCCAAAUUAAGAAGAGGCUUUCGGUCUUGCCCUUUGAGGCAUCCAUCAUUGCUGUUAUCUUACUUGUCUUGCUGGUUGCCUUCUAUGUGGUUCACUGUGUAUGGGCAGCAGCAGAAGCUUAUUCAGCACCUUCUAUUGUUCUAACCUCACAUUCAAAUGAUGGACUUCAUGUUUUUGAUGAUUUUAGAGAGGCUUAUGCUUGGUUGAGUCAUAAUACAGACGUAGAUGAUAAAGUGGCAUCUUGGUGGGAUUAUGGAUACCAAACAACUGCCAUGGCUAACCGAACUGUGAUUGUUGACAAUAAUACUUGGAAUAACACACAUAUUGCUACUGUUGGCACUGCCAUGUCUUCUCCAGAGAAGGCAGCUUGGGAAAUUUUCCACUCCUUGGAUGUCAAAUAUGUUCUUGUUGUCUUUGGAGGACUGGUUGGCUAUCCUAGUGAUGAUAUUAACAAGUUCCUGUGGAUGGUUCGUAUUGGAGGGGGUGUCUUCCCGCACAUAAAGGAACCAGAUUACUUAAGGGAUGGUCAGUAUCGAAUUGAUUCUAUGGCCACACCAACUAUGUUAAACUGCCUGAUGUAUAAACUUUCGUACUACAGAUUUGUGGAGACAGAUGGUAAGGCCUUUGACCGAGUGAGGCGGACAGAAAUUGGCAAGAAAUAUUUCAAACUUACCCAUUUUGAAGAGGUAUUCACAACUCACCAUUGGAUGGUUCGGAUUUACAAGUUGAAACCUCCAAAGAACAGGAUUCGGGGAAAGAACAAAAAAUCAAAAUCGAAAACAAGCUCAACGACCACCUCGAAAAGAAAAGGAACAAGAAGAAACCCAUUUUAGCUUAUAAAUGACAUACUUAAUUGCUUAAGCACUUGUUUCAUGUAUACAAGGUUCAUCGAGAGAUUUUGCAGAAAAAUUAGCGAGUCUGUCAUGAGUAUGGAAUGAUCAAUGAAAGAUUUGGAAUUAGUUUUCUAGUUGAA